AUGUUAGUGGGUUGGAGCAAUUUGCUUUUCUCAACUCCAGGAAAAUUAGAUGGUCCUCUUCUUGUGAAUGAUAUGGUUCAAUGGUUUAAGCACAAGAAGCAGAAAUUGAUGAUUUUUAAAGUUGACUUUGAAAAGGCAUAUGAUUCAGUUAGUUGGGAUUAUAUUGACAGGAUUAUGAUGCUUCUUGGUUUUGCGGAAAUAUGGAGGGCUUGGAUUAGGGGGAUGUUUUCUAAUUCUCGUUCCUCAAUACUUUUGAAUGGUUGCCCUACGGAUGAGUUUCAGUCGUUUAGAGGGUUGAGACAAGGUGACCCUUUGUCGCCUUUUGUCUUCAUUAUUGCUAUGGAGGGCCUUCAUAUUGCUAUGGAGGAUGUGGUGUCGGAAGGUGUGUUUAGGUGGGCCCAACUUGAGCCACAUGAUUUAGCUAUCUCUCAUUUGUUUUAUGCAGAUGAUGCUAUUUUUCUAGGAGAGUGGAAUGAGAAUAAUGUCUGA